UGUUGCUCACCCUGCUCCUCCCUCCGCUCAAGUCCAGACCCGUCCGUUCCCCGGCAGAGCACAGCCGGCAGUGGCGGCGGGCGGCUCAGGAUCCCGGCGCGGCAUGGGGGAGGCGAGUGACAUGGACAGCAGGAUCAUGCUGAACUCGGGCAGAGAACGGAGCACUUCGGUGCAUGGGGGCACUCUGGGGACACAUGAGCUGCCAUGGAGAAAGCUUUGGGGAAAUGAAGGCCCUGACAGCCUGGUGUCCCCACCGAAGGAGCGGGUGCAGGCAGAGCGCCGGCAGCAGCAGGCGCUGGAGGCCCGGCUUGAUGGCUGCAUCCAGGAGCUGCGGCGGCUGUGCCUGCGUGAGGCGGAGCUGACAGGGACCCUGCCCCGUGAGUACCCCCUGAAAGUGGGUGAGAAGCCCCCCAAGGUCCGUCGCAGGAUCGGGGCUGCGUUCAAGCUGGAUGAGAUCGUCAUUCUGCAUGGGGUGGACCCCCUGGAACGGGAGCGGGCUCUGCAGCUGCAGAUUGCUGAGGCCUCUCGCCGGCUCUGCCACGAGGAGAACAUUGGCCGGCAGGUGCGGAAGAGGCGGCAGACUGCGGCGCUCCGGGAAGAGCAGAAGCUGCGGGACCUGGAGCAGGUUCUGAGCCAGCGGCAGCUCCUGGCAGGGCAGCAGGACACCAGUACUGCUGAGGGGCCCUGCCCCACAGAGCUCAAUGCCUCCGACGAGAGCUCCAUGUCUGACACCAGCCUGCUGGAGGAGGAGGACACACAGCCACCAGGACCUGCUGCACCGCAAAGGUCCCCAUCUUCCAAGGACCCCACUAAGGAGGAGGAGUUGGGGUUUCUGAUGCCCCCCCCCAGUCCCUGGCAGGAGGCCAGUCUGGACAGACCCUACGAGAGGGCCAAAAAUCCCAGCAUCAACCCUGAGGAUGGGGAAAACCAGAGCUCCCAAUGCUGUCUUGGGUCCCUGAUGGCUGCCCCUGCCAGCUCCUUGGCCCCCAGCAGCCCUGACUCUGCAGGCUCCCCAGUGUCCAGGACAGGGGAUCCUACCCACCGGUUUGUCCCCAUCCGGACUCUGGUGCUGUGCCGGCAGGCAGGUUCCAGUGCUCCCAGCACCCCAGAGCCAUCAGGACGGCAAGAACAGACCCAGUCUCUGAGGGUGGACCCAUGCUGGCAGCCAGCUGAGCCACGGGGCCGCAGCACCACACCCCGUCGGCGCCCCACCUACUACACAGUCACUGUGCCCACCUCCUGCAUCCUGACCCCUGGCCCUGUGUGCUGCUCUGGCUCCGAUGACAGCAUCUCCGACCUCUCCAGCAUCUCCCACACAACCUCACCGGGCAGCAGCAGCCCUGACGUGUCCUUUGCAGUUCCGCUGCCCCUUGCCGAGCCUGGUUACUACCCUCGGGGUGCCCUCCGGCUCCUGCCUCCUGCUGGCCCCCUGACUUUCCUGUAUGAGCAGGAUCUGGCCCCGCUGCGGUACCAGCGUCUGGUGCCCUCACGUAGCCGCAUUGUGCGCACGCCCUCGCUCAAGGACUAUGCACCUGCUGGGGCCCGUGGGCUCUCCAAGGCUGCCGUCACCGAGGAGCUCAAGUCGUGGCACCAACGCGCCCGGCUGAGGGGUGCCCGGCCCCACUCCCUCGACCGGCAAGGGGCUUUCCCGAGACCCCGUGGUGGCACCACCAGGGACAUGCCUGUUGCUCAUGGAAUCCUGUCACUGGUUCAGGGCAGGAUGAGGACCUUCUGAGGGUUCCAUGGGCAGGUUUGGAGACGCAUGUGAGUCCAAGAAGCAGAACCAGGACCCCCUGGGGCAGGAUUUGGGUCCCAUGUGAGUCACUGGGGUUGGGCCAGGACCUUAACAGGGACUUUGGACCAGGACUGGGGUUCCAUGUAGGUCCCUACUUUCUCCUGAAGAUCCUAAGGGCAAGACUGGGAGGCUAUGGGGAGUCUUGUGGUAGAACUGGGAAAGACCAGAACCUCAACGGGGUUAGUAGGGCAAGACUGGGGUCCCACAAGAGUCCCAUGGGAAGGACCAGGACUUCAAGGGGGUCCCUAGGGCAGGAUCCAUGUGGGUCCCUCGUGUCACACCCAGGUUCCCACAAGCAGGGCUCAUGUGGGUCCUUGGGGCAGCACUGGGGUGUCCUUGAGUGGGGAAGGAUCCCUGCAGACAUUUCAGUGGCCAGCUCCCCCUGUCUACCUGGAAGUCUCGCUAGGACAAAUGCACCCAUGGCACAGGUGGGACACAUGCCGGGCAAGUGGGGACCUGUCGCCAUGCCCCCACAACUCCCUCAGCCCAACCUUGGUGCCAGGAUGUGCCCCCAAACAAGGUGGGGUGCCAACACCCACAGGGUCUUUGU